CGGGUGCAGCGGGCUCCGGCUGACUGAGUAUGGGGGAGCAGCUGCCGCCGCUGCUCUCCGGCUGCCCUUGCACCGCGCCCGCCGGCAGCUUCGCCCCGGGGCUCUGCCCUGUCUCAGCCUGAAGGGCGCUCGCACCGUGUGCACCCGGGCGGGGAGGGGGCGAUGAUCCCGGCGUGCUAGCGGCUCUGAAGCAGUCGGGCUCCGCUGCGUGCAUCUUGCGGCGGGCGGCGGCGGCUCCCCCCGCCCUCGCCUUGCAGCUCAGCCCGGCCCCGGGGAGCAGAGCCUGAUCUCUGCCAACCUGCCGCCGCGGGCGGGUCGCAGCCCUGCUGCUGGGCUCCAACUUUGAUUUCUUGUUCGGGGGGGAGGGGGCGCCUCCUGCCCAGCCACCCACACCCCGUGCUUUGCCGCUGCCGCCGUGUUUUGCAUGGAUGCACCAUGGCCACGCUGGUUUGCAGGGUGCAGUUCUUAGAUGACACCGACCCCUUCAAUAGUACCAACUUCCCCGAGCCCACCCGGCCUCCUCUCUACACCUUCAGGGAGGACAUCGCGCUCGUCACCCAGCUGGCCGGGGUGCACCGCCUGCUCAGAGCCCCGCAUAAGCUUGAUGACUGUACACUGCAACUGUCUCAUAAUGGUACCUAUCUGGAUUUAGAAUCCACCUUAGCGGAGCAAAGGGAUGAAUUGGAAGGUUUCCAGGAAGAUGCUGGGAGGGGCAAGAAGCACAGUAUAAUUCUGAGGACACAGCUGUCAGUGAGAGUCCACGUCUGCAUUGAAAAACUCUACAACUCCAGUGGACGGGAGCUGAGACGGGCCCUUUUCUCUUUGAAACAAAUAUUUCAGGAUGACAAGGAUUUGGUUCAUGAGUUUGUUGUGGCUGAAGGCCUGACUUGCUUGAUAAAAGUGGGAGCUGAGGCAGACCAGAACUAUCAGAACUACAUCUUAAGAGCUUUGGGACAGAUUAUGCUGUAUGUAGAUGGGAUGAAUGGAGUAAUAAAUCAUAAUGAAACCAUCCAGUGGCUGUACACUCUCAUUGGGUCAAAGUUCCGUCUGGUGGUAAAAACAGCACUGAAACUGCAGCUGGUGUUUGUGGAGUAUACAGAAUCCAAUGCACCACUUUUAAUCCAGGCAGUAUCCACAGUAGAUGAGAAGAGAGGAGGCAAGCCAUGGUCCAACAUUAUGGAGAUCCUAGAGGAAAAAGAUGGGGUUGACACUGAACUGCUGGUUUAUGCAAUGACCUUAGUUAACAAGACGCUGUCGGGAUUGCCAGAUCAGGACUCUUUCUAUGACGUGGUGGACUGUCUGGAAGAGCUAGGCAUCGAAGCUAUUUCACAGAGACACUUGAACAAGAAAGGAACAGACUUGGACUUAGUUGAACAAUUUAACAUUUAUGAGAUGACACUGAGACAUGAGGAUGGAGAUGAGACUGCUGAUCCCCCACCCAAUGGGCGCAAAGACAGAAGAAGGGCCAGUCUUGGCUCCAAUGAACGAAGGGGGUUAGAGCGCAGGAGAAGCCGCAGACAUUCAGCCCAGAGCAUCAAAAGCACUUUAUCAGCUCCUGCAAGUCCCUGCAGUCAGUCAAGCCCAAGCUUCAUGUUAGGCCAUGGGCAGUGUAUUGAAGAUCUUAGUGAGAAAGAGGAGAAGGAGUAUGAAGAAGAGGAAGAGGAGCAACCAGUCACAGAGCCUAAUACUGAGGAUGAGGGGGAGGAAGAGGCCACUAGGCAGGUCAAAUCCAGUGAGGUCCCAGACGUAAACCAGGUUGCAAAUGAAAAGCUGCAGAAUGAGAAUCAGAGUUCUGAUUCUUCAGCCGUCUCAAGUGCAGUUUCUCAAGCCGAGAGGCCUCCCUCAUGCUCUAAAGCCAAGAGUCCGUCCAGCCGCUCAUCUUCUGUGCCUGAUUCAUCUGUCUCACUCCAUUGUUCUGUUUGUUCAUCACCAUCCUCUCCUGCAUCAGUCUCAUUUAACUCCUCCCAAAAUUCAUCAGCAUCUAUUACUCCGAAGGCAUCUCCAACUGUGGAGAAAUUGCCUUAUGUACCACAUAGCCCUUUUCACCUUUUCUCCUAUGACUUUGAAGAGUCUCCAGCAACUGUUACAGAAAAGGAAGCAGAGGUUAUCAGGGAAAACAGAAACAGUAGCUAUGGCAACAACUUUUAUUCCUCUGCAAGACCUUAUUCUGGACUCAGUGCUCCUACCACACCCAUUUCUCGUUAUGGGACAACUCUGUCACCACCUCAGGAGACCAAAUCUGAAAGGCCAGCAUUGGGUGGUCUCCUUACAUCAUCUUAUCGGCAGCACCAAGAAUCCUUGGCAGCGGAAAGAGAGAGGCGACGUCAGGAGAGAGAAGAGAGGUUGCAAAGGAUAGAGCGGGAAGAGAGAAACAAAUUCAACCGUGAUUAUUUAGACAAAAGAGAGGAACUAAGGCAAGCAAGAGAAGAGAGAUACAAAUACUUGGAGAAGUUGGCAGCUGAGGAGUAUGAGAAGGAGCUGAAGAGUCGGAGUAUAUGCCGAGGCAGAAGCGAGCUGUCUUUGAACUUGAGCUCUCCUUCAGCCCCAUCCUCUCCCAUUCCCAAGUGCAUCAGCCCAGCAUCCAUAGAGUCCCAGGAGGAGCUGAAGACCCCUUCAACGCCCCAUGGGACCCCUCAGCCCCCUGAAGUGAGUGCCAGUGAACCUGAACCAGAACCUGAGCCAGAACCAGAACAGGAAACUGAGGCAGAGGCCGAGCAGGGAACGGAGACACCACAGGCUACAGAGGUGGGACCAGAGAGUGAGGUGGAGCAAGGUCCUGAGCGAGAGCCAGAAGAAAGUGCAAUACUCAGUGAAAAAGAGAGGCAGAAUGAGGAAGUGAACGAAAAAGACAACUGUUCUGCAUCCAGCAUAUCCUCAGCAAGCAGCACUUUAGAGAGGGAAGAAAGAGAGGACAAGUUAACCAGUGACAAUGAAACUGGUACGUGGUCACAAACUAUUCAAGAUGCUGGUGUGAAUGAGCAGUGCAGCAACAUUCUCAACAACAAACGGUUCAUGCUGGAUAUGUUGUAUGCCCAUAACAAGAAACCCAAGGAUGAAGAGGAGAAAGAGCUGGAGGAGAAGGAGGAGGAAAAGAAGGAGACGGAGGAAAGUGAUGAGUCAAUCACCAGCCUAGCCAGUAGGAUCUCUAUCCUGCAGGCCAGCAAGCAGGCCAAAGAUGAAAGUGUCAAAAAGGUGGAGAUUGGAAAUCUGGACAACCAAGGCAGCGUGAAAGCUUUUGCAGAAAAAUUCAACAAUGUUGAGCUGGCCAACGGGACAGUAUUGCCUGAGGGUGAGUUUGAUGAAAAAGUCCCUGAGAAAACACCAGCACAGCCCAAGAAGGAAUCUGAUUACAUUUGGGAUCAGCUCAUGGCUAAUCCUAGAGAACUUAAAAUCAAAGACAUGGAUUUUACAGACUUGGGGGAUGAGGAUGAUGUAGAUGUGUUGGACAUUGAUAUGGGUCCUGGGGACUCCCUAGUUCCCCCUCCCCCACCUCCACCUUCCUUUUUGGGUUUGCCUCCUCCACCACCUCUCCCUCUGUUUGGAUGUCCACCUCCACCCUCUGGUAAUUUAUUGGCUCCUCCUCCACUGUUCAGCACUCCUCAGGGUUCAGGGUCACCCCAGGUUUCUAGGGGUCAGCCAGCAUUCAUGAAGAAGAAGAAAACCAUCCGUCUGUUUUGGAAUGAGGUACGGCCAUUUGAGUGGCAGUGUAAAAAUAACAAACGCUGUAAAGAAUUCCUGUGGUCGAAACUGGAACCCAUUAAAGUGGACACUUCCAAACUGGAGCACCUCUUUGAGUCUAAAUCCAAGGAACUGCCGAUCACAAAGAAAACUGCUGCAGAUGGAAAGAGACAAGAGAUCAUUGUGCUGGACUCAAAACGAAGCAACGCUAUUAAUAUUGGAUUGACAGUGUUACCUCCGCCAAGGACCAUCAAGACUGCUAUUUUGAACUUUGAUGAAUAUGCCUUAAACAAGGAGGGAAUAGAGAAAAUUUUAACGAUGAUUCCUACGGAAGAAGAAAAACAGAAGAUCCAGGAGGCCCAGAUGGCAAACCCUGACAUCCCAUUGGGCAGUGCAGAGCAGUUCCUUCUCACUCUCUCCUCAAUUAGUGAGCUUUCUGCUAGACUCCAGCUUUGGGCUUUCAAAAUGGAUUAUGAGAUAGUGGAAAAGGAAGUUGCAGAACCACUGUUAGACCUGAAGGAAGGAAUGGACCAGCUGGAGCAUAAUAAAACCUUGGGAUUUAUCCUUUCUACUUUACUAGCCAUUGGGAACUUUCUAAAUGGAACCAAUGCCAAAGCUUUUGAGUUAAGCUACCUCGAGAAGGUUCCGGAAGUCAAGGACACAGUGCAUAAGCAGUCUCUCCUGCACCAUGUCUGCACUAUGGUGGUGGAAAAAUUCCCAGACAGCACAGAUCUUUAUUCAGAAAUUGGGGCCAUCACUAGGUCAGCCAAGGUUGACUUUGAACAACUUCAGGACAACUUAUGUCAGAUGGAGAAAAGGUGCAAAGCAUCUUGGGAUCACCUUAAGGCUAUAGCAAAGCAUGAAAUGAAGCCAACGCUGAAGCAAAAAAUGUCUGAGUUCCUUAAAGACUGUGCAGAAAGAAUCAUAAUUCUGAAGAUUGUUCACAGAAGAAUAAUUAACAGGUUCCAUGCAUUUUUGUUAUUUAUGGGUCAUCCUCCUUACGCAAUCCGUGAAGUCAACAUCAAUAAGUUCUGCAAAAUUAUUAGUGAAUUUGCUUUAGAGUAUCGCACCACCAGGGAACGAGUUUUGCAGCAGAAGCAGAAACGCGCCAACCACAGGGAAAGAAACAAGACCAGGGGGAAAAUGAUCACAGAUACAGAUGAAGAGGAGGAUGUAGAGUCUGGAAAGUUCUCCAGCAACGCUACCCCAUCUCAGAGCCAGCCAGAGGGUCUGCAGUAUGCUGAAGAUGCAGCAGAGCAUGAGAACAUGAAGGCUGUGCUGAAGACCUCCUCUGUCAGUGGGGAAAGCACCACUGCGCUAGGUGUUCGCACUCGAAGCAGAGCCAGCAGAGGCCGUAUCAGUUCAUGGAAUGCUGCUGGUGAUGAUUCACCUAAUGCUACAGAUGAUGCAGCUGAUGAGAUCAUGGAUCGUAUUGUAAAAUCAGCCACCCAAGUGCCAAGUCAGAGAGCUGUGCCUAGAGAGAGGAAGCGGUCACGAGCAAACAGGAAGUCAUUAAGAAGAACAUUAAAGAGUGGACUGACACCAGAAGAAGCCAAAGCACUGGGCCUCAUCAGCACCUCUGAGAUGCAGGUGUGAAAUCCGCAAAGGUGGCUACAAGCAGAACCAUCAUGGGUGAUACACGGGCUGACAACCAUUCAGUGUGGCAUUGUUCUGCCAGCCUCAUCUGCUGCUCCUGACAUCCCAUCCUCUGUUAGUUUAAUUUUGAUUAGAUAUAUAACAGAACAAACAAAAAGGGCUAAAGAAGGGUGUGUCACAGCUCAGCACUAAAACCUGACAGAUACAAAAAGGAGUGUUUGAGUAUUUCUAGAUGAAAGCUUAUAGCUUGUUCUCUCAUGAUGCAUUGAUGUUGGUAUUAGGGGACUCUCCUGAGCAUUCUUUUAUUGUGUGAGCUAUGUUUACGUUGGCUUUUCUUGUGGCCUGUUUUAGUCAUUGUAAAGCAUGGCAUUUUGUCAGUGCAAGGAACAGUCCUUAAAGAGGCAAAAUCACGUCUGUUACAGUUACUAUGAUCUUCCUAAGAUUGUUUUAUUGGACAGACAUACACAAAUCUGUACAACCCUAUUUUUAUCUCACCACCAAAGAAUGUAAAAAUGUAUGUGUACUUAUGUAUAUGUACAGUAUAGAUGUGUGUUUAUGUACAACAUACACAUAUAGUCCUGGGGUGAAAUCCUGGCCCCACUGAAGUCAAAGGGCCAAAGAUUUCACUCCUGGGGCCUUAAAAUUCCACCUGACCUUCAGGAAAGGAGUGUCUUUUUACAAGAACUCAAUGUUACUCAAUGGAAUUCACCCUGCAGGGCAGGAAAUAGCCUGCAGUGCAGGUGGAAUGUUUAGGAUUCUGAACUGCAUGUGUGUGUAUGCACAUACACUGUACCUAAUAUUGUACACACACAGAUAGCACAGAAUACCUCUUACUGCUGAACUCUAGGUAUACUGAGUCUUUGUACAAUUUCAGAAAUUUAUGCCAACAAUUUACAUGCUAGAUAAAGAGGUUCUGCUGCCAAGAUCAAGAAGUUUGGUUCACCUGCCUGAGCCCUUCAUGCUGCUUUUCUCUGUUGUGAUGUAGCUUAGUGGUGAUUUAGCUUCAAACCGAUUGAACUGAACAUGAAAUGGCCCUGCUAAAAUGCCUCUACAUUUUGUCUUUUUUCAUCAAUAAAAUAAAUAGCGAGGAUACCACAGUGAACAUUCCUCUUCCCACAGAAGGAAUUUGCUGUUUCCUUGUUCGUCCUUAUCUCACUGUUUAUAAUUUACUUCUAUAAACAUCUUCAGUAUAUGUCUGAGGUUAAGUGCAUGUUCUAUUCUGGUCUAUCCCCACAUAAACGAUCACAGUCCAUUGUCCAAACCAGACAGAAUUUUAGAAUAUACUUUAAUCAGCUCUACUUGCCUUUAAGUGAAGUACAUCCACCUCAGUGAAUUUGAAGUGAACCCGUUUAUACCCGGCUUUUGCCACUGCCAAAGCAUUUUCAUGGGAACUGCAGUUUAGUAACAACAACAAAAGGGAACAUUUUGCACCAAAGCAUAUCUAGAUGGAAUGGUACUGAAGAAUGCGGAAUUAGCGCUUUCUGUGACCCUGGGCUGGGACUAAAGGUUUAUUGACUCCUGCAUUCUGUUCCACUUUGAGGACAGGAAGUGCUAAGGAUAAGGCACCAAACAGGCAAAAUUUCAACUGUAUAUGAGACUAUGUUGAACACAGCAUCCAAGUAAUCUGAGAGCCAAUCAACAAGCAAUACUGAUAUAAAUGACCUAGUAGAAUCAAACUAAAUGCAAUAUGUUGGGAAAACUCCCAUCUGUGCAAUUCUCUCCCUCAGCUGUUGGAUUUCAGUCCUUACUGACAGUUGCCGGGGGGCUUAACCCAUCCAGUUCAUGGGUAAAUAUAUGUCCCUGCUAUGAAUCCCGGUUGUUACAGUAUGGCGUUGGGUUUACAGACAUUGGUGAACAUGUUUCCCUGCUAUUUGGCUGUUAGUUUAGUUUAACAAGUGGAUUUUGCAAGCAGACAGAAGCCAUUCAUUGGUUAGCUAAUAAAUCACAGAGUAAAGAAUGAGUUGAAAGCUGUAAAGAGGAAAGGACUGGUCAGAAAACUGAAGGAAAUAGAAUUUAUUUAAUCACAUUCUUUCAUUUUAAAAGAAAUGAUGUGUUGCCAUCAGGGUUUUGGAAAGGAUCUCUGCAUGAUACAACACUUGGCCUUUCAGUAUGUUUUCUUAUCUUUCUGCUUAAGGUUGCAUAAAACACAUAGAUGGAUGUACAAGGGGUUUGUGGAGGUCAGUGAGGUCUGAGUGAGCAGUUUGGAUUGCAAUUCAUGUCCUAGUUAAAAGCAGAUCUGAAUCUGAGUCCUGCUCUGGCCAGAUGCUGAAGGCCUCCUUCAAGGUGCUCAACUCCCAUUCCUGGUGCUUGACACUUGGCAGGAUUGAACUUUAAAUUCCCUGCGUACUGUGCUGUAUAUGCAGCCUGAACAAUGGGAAUCUCCACUUUUAGUUAAUUCGGGAGGAAAUCUAAAAGAGUAGAUGGUGAUUUUCCAGCGUAGUAAUAGGAAGCAAUUCUUGUGUUCGGGGACUGCAUUUUAGUGGCAUUUCCCGAGUGUCGUUAAAGUUAAAUGUCUCUCACCUUGCGUGUUCAAAAUCCUUUGGAUCCCCCUCAUUUAACAGGGAUUUAGAAAUUAACAACAAAAAUGUGAGUCAGGAUUAAUAUUUGCUUAGGAUAGGUGGUUGUUGCUUUUACAACUCAAGAAAGAGAUCUACCACUCAAGAAAGAGAUCUUGGAAUCAUGGUGGAUAUUUCUCUGAAAACAUUCACUCAGUUUGCAGCGGCAGUCAAGAAAUCGAACAGAAUGUUGGGAAUCAUUAAGAAAGGGAUAAAUAAUAAGACAGAAAAUAUCACAUUACCUCUAUAUAAAUCCAUGAUAUGCCCACAUCUUGAAUACUGCGUGCAGAUGUGGUCGCCCCAUCUCAAAAAAGAUAUAUUGGAAUUGGAAAAGAUUCUGAAAAGGGCAACAAAAAGUAUUGAGGUAUGGAACAGCUUCCAUAUGAGGAGAGAUAAUAAGACUUGGACUUUUCAGCUUGGAAAGGAGAUGACUAAGGGUGGACAUGAUAGAGAUCUACAAAAUCAUGACUGGCAUGGAGAAAGUAAAUAGGGAAGUGUUAUUUACUCCUCGUAACACAAGAACUAGAGAUCACCAAAUGAAAUUAAUAGGCAGCAGGUUUAAAACAAACAAAAGGAAGUAUUUUUACACACAACACACAGUCAGUCUGUGGAACUCCUUGCCAGAGGAUGUUCUGAAGACCAAGACUAUAACAAAGUUAAAAAAAAGAGCUAGAUAAGUUCAUAGAGGAUCGGUCCAUCAAUGGCUAUUAGCCAGUAUGGUGUCCCUAGCCUCUGUUUGCCAGAAGCUGGGAAUGGGUGACAGGAUGGAUCACUUGAUGAUUACCUGUUCUGUUCAUUCCCUCUGGGGCACCUGGCAUUGGCCACUGUUGGUAGACAGGAUCCUGAGCUAGAUGGACCUUUGGUCUGACCCAGUAUGGCCAUUCUUAUGUUCUUACAAUAGAUUGUUUUAAAUCUGAUUAGAAAGGGUAAAGAUAGUAGUUUACCAACUUCACAUCUCCUGUUUCUUCCACGCCCCCGAACAUACAUACAUUCCUAUAAUUCAAGAACAGCUUUGAUUUGGAAGCCCAUAUUUAGCAAGUUCUUAGUCUAUGAUGUGGAGUUAUUUUUCUUUGUUUGCUAUUUUUUAAUUGUAAACUGUUUUAAUAAGUACUAGAAAGACUUGACAAGCAGCACACAAGGGCCAAUUCCUGCUCUCUCUCGUGAACAUGCAGUUCCUUGCUGUCUUCAACUGGAAUCGUGCAUGCAUAUGUGAGGAUAGAACUUGGCCCUGUAUAAAGUUCGGAUUGCUCUGGAUUUCCAGCAUCUGGACGCAAGAAAAACUGCAAGGUCUGUGAAUGCUGAAGUUUCUCUGGUUAGGUACUUAAGAGCUCUGAAGGAAGGAAAAAAAGAAAAAAAAUUUAAAACACCCUAUGCUGUUUUCCUAAUGCUGAGAUGAAAUGAUGCUUGAUUAGGGAACACUAUUGAAACUUAUUUGUAAACACUUGAUAAUACAAGGGCCUAUUUUGUGUUUGUCUUUUUAUUUUUUGCGACAAAUGGUUGAAUUGCAUUUUAGAUGCAAUGUAAAGAGAAAGCAGUUUAAUAGUUAAAGAGCAAGUCAUUCAAAGGAGUUUGAGGGGGUUUAUAGUUCUAUGUUCAUGCAAAAAAAUUAAACAUAUUCUGUACAGUUCUAAUUUGUUGAUUUCACAUUGAGCGGCAAAGAGAGGUACAUAACGUUUAACCAUUAUCGAACCAUUGAUCAUGUCAAACAGAUAUGAAAUCUGCAGGCUUCAUUGAAAGAAAAGGAUGGUUGAUAGCAAUGGGUGUAUUUCUCCUUUUAAAGACUGUCUUGGGGCAUAGUGUGUGUGUGUGUGUGUUUGUGUGUGUGAGAGAGAGAGAGUUGAGAAUUGUAAAAAAAAAUUGUAAAGUAGAAAAGGACAUGUUUCUUAGACGAAGGACAAAUACUGUAAAAUUGUGUAAAUGUCACUAAUGUUUUUUCAUGUGGUGUGUAGCAUAGUGUAAAAUAGGCUUUUCAGCAGUGUUAUUCUGUGAAUUGUAAUUUAAAAACAAGCCAUGCAUGGUCAAAGAUAUUAUCUACAGGUCCUUUUUCAUUUGUUUGUUUUUCUCAUUUUAGGUAAAGUUGUUUUGUUACGUGUUAAAUUUAAUUGUCCAUGAAACUGCUUUUGUUUCUGAGUUUUACUUCAUAAAUAACUUGAAUUACUGUUUAAGAAUUUACUACACACAAGCACUCCUUCGUUUGUAUCCAUCCUUAGGAAGCUUUGUCACUACAAUGAGUAUAACCCAGAGGGAUUUUCCUUUUUAACACACCCCUCUUUUGCCUCUCCUCCCCCACUCCAUCCCUUCCUCACAUUCUAGAAAAUGCAGUCUCUCUUUUUUUCCAUGCCAUGCAGGGUCAACAUGAGAAACUGACCUCAGACUUGUGUCCAAAAUUUCUUGAUAUAAGUAGUAACAAAGCUCACCUCUACAGCAGUAUGUAAACACAUCUUGCAAUAAAGCUUUCUAAAGCAC